AUUUUAAAAAAUUAAAAAAAAUGUAAAUAAUUACAUUAGAAAAAUUCUCACUCUCACUUUUCCGAUGCCAUUGGAACAAUGGCCGCUCCCGGCAAAUGCAUCCUCGUCACUGGUCCUCCUGGUGUUGGAAAAAGCACUCUCAUAAUCAGAGUCUUCGAGUCCCUCAAAGCUUCCCAUCCAAACCUCAAGCUUCAGGGCUUCUACACUCGUGAAGUUAGAAGCUCAGGUGAAAGGGUUGGUUUUGAAGUUGUCACUCUUGAUGGUCGCACAUGCCCACUUGCCUCCACCACCAUCUCAACCCCUGAAUCUUGUAGAUGGCCUAGUGUUGGCAAGUAUAAGGUUGAUGUAGCAUCCUUUGAGUCACUUGCACUGCCUGAGUUGCAGGUUAGAGAGGAUAGUGAUCUCUUCAUUAUUGAUGAGGUUGGUAAGAUGGAGUUAUACAGUUCAUCAUUUUUCCCAGCAGUUCUAAAGGUUUUGGAGUCAAAUAUCCCGGUUUUGGCUUCCAUUCCAAUUCCGAAAUUUGGCAGAGAUAUUCCUGCGGUUGCAAGGUUGAGGAAUCAUCCAGGUGCAGCUUGUUAUACAUUGAGCCUUAAUAACAGAGAUGCUGUUAGAGAACAGAUACGCUCACAACUGGAAGAUCUGUUGAUAAAACACUAAGCUUGCAGAGUUUUUCUUUGCUGUCUGAACUCAUGCCAUGAUGCCAUGUGUAACAUUCUUGAAUAGAUAAUCAGUUAGAGCAGUUUGCUAUUUCUUUCUUCUUUAGCGGUUGUCUAACUUUUUUUUCUGUAAUAAUCUGAAUUAUUGAUAAUUUUAUUAGGUA